AUGUUUAGAUUUAAAAAUAUUUUUAAAUGUAAUCCUAGACACUUCUCAACAGCAACCAGAUCAGGAUUCAAAGUCGUAACUCAUGAUUACGACGCAAUUGUGAUUGGAGCCGGGGGAGCGGGCUUGAGAUCGGCCCUGGAACUAUCGAUUCUAGGGCAUAAAACGGCCUGUAUCUCGAAAUUGUUCCCAACGAGAUCACAUACAGUCGCUGCACAGGGAGGUAUCAACGCAGCACUAGGCAACAUGGGCGAGGACGACUGGAGGUGGCAUUUUUACGACACAGUCAAGGGCUCGGACUGGCUGGGAGACCAGGAUAGCAUAUACCACAUGUGCAAGAGCGCGCCGAGUGCAGUGAUUGAGUUGGAAAACUUCGGAGUGCCCUUCUCGAGAAACGAAGAGGGGAAGAUCUACCAGAGAGCGUUCGGAGGACAGAGCUUGAAUUUCGGAAAGGGAGGCCAGGCGUACAGAUGCGCAGCAGUGGCAGACAGAACAGGACACUCGCUGCUGCAUACAAUGUAUUCGACGUGUUUAAAGUACAACUGUUCGUUCUUCAUAGAGUACUUCCUGGUGGACCUGAUAAAACACCCGCACGAAAAUCUCACCGUUAAGAACGAUGCAGGAAUAAUUGGAGGGAUCUUCGCAAGAAUGAGUAACAUGGAGCUGCACGUGUUCAGAGCGAACCACGUGGUCAUCGCCACGGGAGGCUUCGGAAGAUGCUACUUCAGCUGCACGUCGGCACACAUGUGCACGGGAGACGGAAACGCAGCAGUGAGUAGACUGGGACUGCCGCAGCAAGACAUGGAGUUCGUGCAGUUCCACCCAACGGGAAUAUACCCAGCAGGGUGCCUGAUAACGGAGGGGUGCAGAGGAGAGGGAGGAAUACUGCGCAACUGCGAAGGAGAAGCGUUCAUGGCGAGAUACGCCCCUGUGGCGAAGGACCUGGCGUCCAGAGACGUGGUGAGCAGGUCAAUGACAGUGGAGAUCAACGAAGGGCGAGGAUGCGGGCCAGACAAGGACCACCUCUACCUGGACCUGACGCACCUGAGCGAGGACGUCUUCAGAGAGAAGCUGCCAGGAAUAACGGAAACGAGUAAAAUAUUCGCAGGAGUGGACGCGAGGAAGGAGUACAUCCCAGUCUUGCCAACAGUGCACUACAACAUGGGAGGAAUACCGACGAACUAUAAGACGCAGGUGCUGACGAGUGUACAGGCAGCAGUGAGUCCACAGGGAGCAAAGCCAGCAAAGAGUGGCAAGGGGUCGAGAACAAAGACCAGUGAGCCAACGAGUGCAACCAGUGGGUCAGUGGGAGCCAGUGGACCCAGUGGAUCCAGUGUUAGUGCAGUAAGUCUGGGAAACGGAGGUUACUUUACGACCCCCAGAGCAAGCACAGGGCCCACGAGCAGUGAGCUAGUGGACCACGUGGUCUACGGACUGUACAGCGCAGGCGAAAGCGCGUGCGCCAGCGUGCACGGAGCGAACAGACUGGGAGCAAACUCGCUCCUGGACAUCAUCGUCUUCGGCAAAAUGUCAGGAACGACAAUAAACGAACAGAUAAAAAGCGACGCGAGCAACGCAAGUAACUUGCCGGACUCAAGUCUCUACAAGGAGGCCGUGGACAGGGCAGUGGACAAGAUGGCGACGCUGCUGUCGGGGAACUCAACGAGUGGCAGUAGCGCCACGAGCAUGAAAGUGAGCGAGCUGAGGCUGGAGAUGCAGAAGAGCAUGCAGAAGUACGUGAGCGUCUUCAGAGACGGGAAGUCGCUGCUCGAGGGCAAGAACAAGCUGAGGGAGCUCGCGAACCAGUUCCAGUACGUGAGGAUCAGCGACGGGAGCAAGGCCUUCAACACGGACCUCUACGAGGCGCUGGAGCUGGAAAACCUGCUGCAGCUCAGUCUGCAGACGGUGACGGCCGCGGAGGCUAGGAGGGAGUCAAGGGGCGCGCAUUCGCGGGAGGACUGCCCGAAGAGGGACGACGAGACUUGGAGGAGGCACUCAUUGACGUACCUCAACAACGCGAGCAGAAGUAAGAACCAUACGCAAGGCUUUGGAUAUGAUGGAACACACGGAGGCUACGACGUCGUCGUGGGAUACCGCAACGUAAUUGACGAGACGCUCGGCAGUGACAUGAAGACGAUACCGCCAUUCGAAAGAACAUACUAA